AUGAGACGAUAUAUUAGUGAUGCUACUAGAUGUUACAUACAUCGUCUCCCCGUUCUCCAUUUCUCUAGUAUCCCCUUAAGAGCACUCGAAAAAGCGAAAAAAUACGUACGUACCAUUGCUAAAAGUUCGGUUUUGUGCAUCAUUCUCUCAAUUUUUUUGCUUGUAGUAAGGUGCUCAUUAGCUUGUGAUAACAUCACUGGUUUAAAGGGGAUAUUUGCAUUUGGAGACGACGUCGUUGACAAUGGGAACAACAAUAACAUUCCUACAAUUCACCUAAAGAGCAAUUACAUGCCCUAUGGUGUUGAUUUCCCAUAUGGUCCUACGGGCAGGUUUAGCAAUGGCAAGACCAUUGUUGAUUGUGUAGCCGAUAACCUUAAACUUCAUUCUCCUCCUCCUUACCCGGAUUUUUUCCACAAGGGUACCCCUCUUCUUGAUGGUAUCAACUUUGGCUCCUCUGGCACUGGCAUUUUCGCUAUUACCGGUGGACUCUUAAUAGGAGUUCAACAUAUGGACCAACAAAUAAACAGAUUUAAGAACGAUAUUCUGCCAAAGUUAAAGGAUAUGCUAGGAUGCAGUGGACAAAUCAUACUUCCUCAGUAUUUGUUUGUGAUUGGAGCAGGAAACAACGAUUACUCUUCGUAUUACAUAUUGAAGCAAUACUUAUUCAUAACUCCCGAAGUUUUUGCUGCCAAUCUCGUCAAGCAAUACGUUGAAUACAUCACAGACUUGUACAAAUUGGGAGCUCGAAAAUUCCUAUUGAUCUCAACAUAUCCACUAGGAUGUGGUCCGGGCAUUGUACAGGAGAGUAAAGAAUGCGUAAAAUUCCUAAACGAUGCCUCAGAAAUGUUUUACGACCAACUACAAAUCGCGCUUAAGCAUCAGCAACAAAACUUUCUUGAUGCUGAAUUUUCAGUCCUCAACUCGUUCCAGCUUCUCUCAGAAGUCAUAACUAACAAUGCAACAGCAGCCGCGACAGGAUUCAAGAAUUGUAAUUGCGCGUGUUGUGAUACCAACCUAGGAGAUACUUGUAAGAAGGCUGGUAAAACAUGUCUAAACAGAAAUGAGUAUUUGUACUAUGAUGGAAUUCAUCUUACUGAAGCAGCAAAUUGUUACUUAGCUAGCAAGGCUUUCGACUCGGCUAACACUGCCGAAGUUAGUCCGGUUAAUGUUAAGGCGUUGAUCUCAGGCAAGAACCGUAAUUAGGAGGAGACUUUAUCUUAGACCUAUAUCAAGAUUUAAUUUGGAUCAGAGACUAUCUUUUUUAGCUUAAACUUUCCUUUUUGUUCGUUUUUUUUGCUUUAUGUUUUUUUCCUAAGCAAUUUUGUUCUAAGAAGUAGUUUGUACAUGAUCAAUUUUGGAAUAAGAGUUUGAUUUUCUUUAGCAAAUUAUGCCUUCUUUGGUUCUUUAUUAUAUAGAAAAUGUAUUUGAGAUGAUUGAGAAAUAAUUAAAAAUCAAAG